GCGAGGUGACCAAAGCCACACAAUGUCAGUAGUUCUUUCAUCCGUCCAUGCCAAAUGGAUCGUGGGGAAGGUGAUUGGAACAGCAAUGCAAAAAACCGCUAAAGUGAGAGUGACCAGGCUUGUUUUGGAUCCCUAUUUAUUAAAGUAUUUUAAUAAGUGUAAAACCUACUUGGCUCACGAUGCUCUUCAGCAGUGCACAGUUGGGGAUAUUGUGCUUCUCAAAGCUCUACCUGUUCCACAGACAAAGCACAUGAAACAUGAACUGGCUGAGAUCAUUUUCAAAGUUGGACAUGUUAUAGAUCCAGUGACUGGAAAACCCUGUGCAGGAACUACCUACCUCGAAAGCCCAGUCAGCUUGGAAACCACCCGCCUAACCAAAAAUCUGGAAGAACUCAAUAGCUCUUCAGCACAGUGAAGGAGGAUUGGAAGA